AUGGAAGGUGUCAACGAACACCAAACUGAAGAUAAACAACAUUUUAAUAAUAGAAACCAAGUAACAGAAACUGUCGAAAAUUCUGAACUUACAACAAAUCAAUUGACAUCAUCAACACAACAAACUGAGGUGGAAGUUACCCAAGCAAAUACUCCCACGCCAUCAAAUCCUAAGUUAGCAGAGUUGGUAAAAGAAUUACCAAAGUCAGACUCAAUAGAACACAAUGUCUGGAUUAACAAAGUAAGCAAACAAAGAGCAUCCUAUAGCCAAGUAGUAGCAAGAUCAACAAUGAAAGCUGCAAUACCAUCAAUUAAUAUACCAACAGCAAUUGCAAGCAAAUUGAAAUUCCGCAAUACAGCAUUCUUUAGAUCCUUCUUACAAGAUAGAAAUACCCAGCCUGAUCAUCAGAAAGAAUUCAACUCAUUGUUGAAUAUCGCAAUUGAGAAAUACAAACGUAAAUACAAUAUCCUCUUAGUCAAUAAAAACAACCGAGACCAAAUAUACAACAAACUCAGGAAAAAAUUAGCUAUCAAUACAAUCUUAUCAUUAAACCUACCUUUGUUAGAAGAUCACGUCAGCGCCCAGCACAUCUACUAUCUAAUAAACUUUGGCAAAAUCGAAUCCACAAUGGAAUUUGAACAAGCUCGUAAAACUAUUGGUAAAUACCAGUCUGAGAAUAGACAAGAACUUCCGGAUAAACCAGAAGAUGUACCGAUCGACAUCACUGAAUUCCUACUAUUCACACUACCUAUCGAAGAUAACAAUAGAACAGCGGCAAUAGUUAAAGCAAUGAGGCUUAUAUUCAAUUUUGGCCAACUACCCAACGCAUACUUUGUAACUGUUAGAACACCCCUACCAAGAAACCCAGCAAAACUUAAAGUGUUGAAUCACAUAUUCCCACUAAGAGAUCGUAGUAGACUAGCCUAUCUGGCAGAAUAUCACAGAGAACUCAGAAAAAUCUACAUACUCCAAGAGAAACUCCCAUCAACAUACUUCGAUUUACCACUAGAAAAAAUCGAUCUCCCGUCUAUACCGCAAGCAUUGAGAGCAGAAUACAGGAACCUUUUCUCCUGUAAACCAAAAAAUGAAAUGGAAUUUAAAAGUCUUAUUGAACAAUUACGCAGAGUGUACAGAUUCAAAAAAUUACCAAAUGACUAUAUCAUCCAAAAAAAACAAUUACCAACUGAACCCCUAUAG